UUGCUCCAAUGGCUUCCAACCCUAAGGUCUUCUUCGACAUGACCAUCGACGGCCAACCUACCGGCCGUAUCAUUAUGGAGCUCUACGCCGACGUGGUUCCUUGCACCGUUGAGAACUUUCGGGCUCUCUGCACUGGCGAGAAGGGCGCUGGCCACUUCGACAAGCCACUCCACUACAAGGGAUUGUCUUUCCAUCGUGUGAUCCCUAGGUUCAUGUGCCAGGGAGGCGACUUCAUUGCCGGAGAUGGCAUCGGAGGUGAGUCGAUCUACGGCGAACUUUUCGCCGAUGAGAACUUCAUGAAGAAGAACACCGACCUCGGAGUCCUCUCCAUGGCCAAUGCCGGUCCUGGAACCAAUGGAUCUCAGUUCUUCAUUUGCAUCGCCAAGACCGAGUGGCUCAAUGGAAAGCACGUCGUGUUUGGCCAGAUCAUUGAGGGCAUAGACCCUGAAACGUCUAAGGGUUGGGUUUAUAGAUCGAUUGAAAAAUACAAGAAAUGA